GAGUUAGUCGUGAUCACAGAUCCAGCUGGUCGGAUCUGUGAGUGACAGGUGACGGAGAUGGGCCAGGCAUGUGGAAACUCCCUUUUGUGCCGUACUCAGCAGUUCAGGCCGUCGACGCCAGCCGAGAUGGGUGGAGAAAGGAAGGUGUUUCCACCAGUGGAGGAGAGUGGGGCGUACUCACACUGCCUACAGGGUGUAUUGCUCCGACUGGCUUCAGUCACUGACUCCUCUUCCUUGAGAGAUGCCAUCAGAGAGGCGUUCCAUGCUGUCUGCUCUGACGUGGACAGUACAUAUGUAUAUCUAUUGGAUGAAGAUACAGGACACUUCUGGUGUGAAGACCCACCUCAUGAGCUGCAGAAGGAGGGGAGAAUCAGGGAUAUUAUUUUCCAGCAGAGAAGAGUACUGUGUGAGGAAUUCCCUUCCUCAGACCUGCUGGAGCAACAGAGAGAGAGACUUACAGGGCACCUGCAUCAGGACAAGAGAGUGCUGAUCAUUCCAAUCCUGGAGCAGGACCAGGGUGGAGCUACUGCCCUCAUCGUGGUUUGCUGUGCACAGCCUACUAAAGCUCAGGAGCAAAUCCUGGAUGUCCUUGAGAAACAUGUCACUGUAGCCUGUAAGAGAGUCCAGAACUUGCUUGGUCAAAGGCACACUCGGAGGUCAGAAGUCAACAGGACACCUAUAUCACUGGACCAUGAGAUCCUGAGGCUUUGUGGAGAGCUGUAUGACCUGGACGCUGCUUCCCUCCAACUCAAAGUCAUCCGUUAUUUGGAGAAGCAGACUCAGUCGUUGUGCUGCUGUUUACUUCUAGUAUCGGAGGAUAACCAACAGUUGUCCUGUCAGGUAGUCGGACACAAGGUUCUGAAGACGGAGAUCAGUUUCCCUCUGACGUUCGGCCAGUUUGGUCAGGCUGUGGAGAAGAGACAGAGCAUCUCCCUGCAAGAUGUCACUGAAGAGGAACACAAGCAGCUGAACAGCACUCUGGGAUUUGAAGUUCUCUCCAUGCUGUGCGUCCCUGUUGAAUGUCGAGCCACCUCAAAAGUGGUGGCACUAGCCUGUGCCUUCAACAAAAUAGACGCUGACAGACACACUGAAGCAGAUGAACACACAGUGCAGCACUGCUUCCGCUACACGUCCUCAGUACUGACCAGCACACUAGCCUUUCAGAAAGAACAGAGACUCAAGUUUGAAUGCCAGGCCCUGCUUCAGGUCGCCACAAAUCUCUUCACACACCUGGAUGAUGUUUCGGUCCUGCUGAAAGAGAUCAUUGCAGAAGCCAGGAGCCUCACCAGUGCAGAAAUUUGUUCUGUGUUCCUGUUGGACGUCGUCAGUCAUGAAUUGGUUGCCAAGGUGUUUGAUGGAGGAGUGGUUAUCGAUGACGAGACAGAGCUGCGUAUCCCUGCAGACCAGGGCAUAGCAGGCCAUGUAGCCACCACAGGGGAGAUACUCAACAUCACAGAUGCCUACUCUCACCCACUGUUCUACCGUGCAGUGGACGACAGCACAGGCUUCAAAACGCGCAACAUCCUCUGCUUCCCCAUAAAGGACGGACACGGAGAAGUGAUUGGCGUGGCUGAGCUGGUCAACAAGACUAAUGGACCCUGGUUCACCCGCCUGGAUGAAAACUUGGCCACAGCUUUCUCCAUAUACUGUGGUAUCAGCAUUGCUCAUUCACUCUUGUAUAAGAGGGUUGCUGAAGCCCAGUUUAGAAGUCAGCUGGCAAAUGAGAUGAUGAAGUAUCACAUGAUGGUGUCGGAUGAGGAAGUGACACGGCUACUGACUGUGGGGAUACAGUGUGUAGGGGAAAUCCACCCCAGCUUCUCCAGCUUCACCUACACACCUCGCUCCCUGGCAGAUGACAGCACACCCUCUGCCGUUAUCAGUAUGUUUGAGGAUAUGGGCUUCAUAAACACCUACAAAAUCAACAUGAACACGCUGGCCAGGUUUUGUCUGAUGGUGAAGAGAGGUUACAGAGAUCCUCCUUACCACAACUGGAUGCACGCAUUCUCAGUGUCUCAUUUCUGCUACCUUCUCUGCAGGAAUCUGGAGCUUUCCAAGUACCUAGAUGACAUGGAGCUGCUUGCUCUCUUUGUGUCCUGUAUGUGUCAUGACCUAGACCACAGAGGGACCAACAACUCCUUUCAGGUGACAUCGAAAUCUGUGUUGGCUGGCCUGUAUAGUUCUGAAGGAUCUGUGCUGGAGAGACACCACUUUGCUCAGGCGAUCGCCAUCCUCAACACCCAGGGAUGCAACAUAUUUGAGAAGUUUUCCAGAAAGGACUACCAGAGGAUCCUUGACCUGAUGAGAGAUAUCAUCCUGGCCACAGACUUGGCUCAUCACCUCCGGAUCCUGAAGGAUCUGCAGAAUAUGGCAGAUGUGGGCUACAACACCAAAGACCCUCAACACCAUAACCUACUACUGAGCUUGAUCAUGACCUCCUGUGACCUCUCUGACCAGACCAAAGACUGGAAGACCACCUGGAAGAUCGCUGGACUCAUUUACAAAGAAUUCUUUUCUCAGGGAGAUCUGGAGAAGGCUAUGGGGAACCGUCCAAGUGAGAUGAUGGACAGGGAAAAGGCCUACAUCCCAGAGCUCCAGACAGGAUUCAUGGAGCAAAUUGCCAUGCCCAUCUACAAACUCCUCAAGGACCUGUUCCCUAGGUCAGCAGAGUUGUAUGACAGUGUGACAAGCAACAGAGAACAGUGGGGUAGGGUCUCUCACAAGCUUGACGUUAAGGGGCUGCCAGACAACAUUUCUCUGGACUACCUAGAUGCAGAGUUUGAGCAAUUACAGAACGGACAGACAAAGGACAAUGACACUAACAGUAGUGCUCUGGCCCAGCCGUAGCACACAGCAUGACGAACAAGAGUAACUGACAACUAGAUUUUAUGUUUUGUAUUACACCACACCUAAAAUGGAGAGGGGCUCUAUCAAUAUUAUUGUAUUUCCUCCCCCUGCCAAUGCACCUAUUUUACAGGUUGUGGUGUGGUGUUGUGAAUGACCGGUGUACCGAAAUCCAAAUGGUCUUAAUGGUCACAUUGUAAUGGGUAUUGGACAACCGUGCAGACAGCAGGACUGAUUUCACAUCAGUGGAGAGAAGAAAACAUUGGCUUUCAAUUCUGUUUUCAAAUGUGUUUAUUUUCCUUGGGGUUCUCACCAUGAUAACUUUGUGUAAAUCGUUAAAGGUAUGUAUUGAAGACUACUAGGUAGAAUCGUGUACAUUAUCAACAGAAUUUUUAAAUGUUUGCCUAACUCCAAAACUGUCUAAUCCCUUCCCCUUUUGGACAUUGUUUUUAAAUGUGACUUGCACGGGAUACAUAUUAAUUUUGAUUUUGAAACAGCUAUAUGCAGUUAUGUUGAUGUAUGCUUGCAUUUUCCUAUUUCCCAAAAAUAAAGAUAAUUCUGUGAAUUACUUAAUCUACAUG